AUGCCUGCCACUCCCGCCCCGGCUGGCUACAAUGCUGCUCCACCGACGGCGUACCCUGCCACUCCAGCUCCUAUCCCGCAAGCUCUCGCAGCCAUGCCAAUCUAUGCCGCCCCAGCAGCCCCAUCCUAUCCAGUCACUAUGCCGAUUGCACCGGCUGCUAUGACAAGCUACGUUGCUCCGGCACCUCCAUCCUAUCCAGCUCCCCCAGCUGUGCCAAUGUAUGCCGCUCCAGCAUCACCGAGCUAUCCAGCCACUACCCCACGUGCUCCUUCACCCAUGCCAAGCUAUGCCGCUCCAGCAUCGUCACCCUAUCCAGUCACUACUCCGCGUGCUCCAGCAGCAAUGCCAAGUUAUGCUGCUCCAGCAGAGCCAUCUUAUCCAACCACAACCCCGCGUGCUCCGGCCCCUGUGCCAAGCUAUGCUGCUCCAGUACCUCCAUUCUAUCCAGCUACUACCCCACGUGCUCCAUCAGCAAUGCCAAGCUAUGCUGCUCCACCAUCUCCAUUCUAUUCGAUUACUACCCCGCGUGCUCCAGCUGUAAGGCCAAACUAUGGCACUCCAGCACCACCAUCGUAUCCAGCCACAACCCCACGUGUUCCGGCCCCUAUGCCAAGCUAUGCUGCUCCAGCGCCUCCAUCCUAUCCGGUAACUACUCCUCGUGCUCCCUCACCAUCUAUUUACUCGUCAGCCCCAGCUCCGAGUGCUCCUUCGCGCCCGUACCCGAUCAGAGUCACCACCACCUAUUGAUAGUAAAUGACUUCUUCUGUUUAAAUUGAUGGCAUCAAAUAAAACAUGCUAUGAAUCAAAAU